UGCUUUCUAUGUGGUCUCCUCCUCACCAAUCAGAGGCCAAGAGUGUUUUGAGCUUUUUUCCAAAGGGUAUUUUUGCUUUAGUGGGAGGAGUGAUGUUUUUUAUUUCAGCUUUCCCACUGUUGCCAUGUUCUCAUUUUGUGAGUAGCCAAUCCAGCAGGAUGAAGCUCCUUAUUCCACUGCUUUUAUGGAUACCUUUGGUAUUCAAUUAUGAGGUUUUUUCCCAAAGCCGUGGCAAUCAAGCUCUUGACUCGGCACCAAAGUUUAUCAUGGUAGCUCCAGCAAGGCUGAGGCUUGGAACCAAACUGAAUAUCUUACUAGAGGCACACAGCCUGUCCCAGCCAAUCACAGUCAAAGUCAUUGUCUAUGCAUUCGAUAAGGAAUCCGUCCUGAUGCGGGACUCUGCCAUCCUCAAUUCAGACAACCGCUAUAGUGAUCUCAAAACCAUUGAGAUCAAACCAAACCUGUUAAAAAAAAAAUUGAAAACAUUUUUGAGAUUGGUUGUGGAAUUUGGGAGUUUCCACAAAGCUGAGAAAAUUAUCAUGGUGUCGUUCCGGUCUGGAUACAUCUUCAUUCAAACUGAUAAACCGGUUUACAACCCUGGAGACACAGUUCAUUACAGGGCUUUUGUAUCCAGUCAUGAAUUCCAAGCUUUCAACAGAAACAUAUCUCUUGAGAUUCAGAACCCAGAUGGUGUUGUGGUGCACAUCAGCUCCAACUCCAGUGCAAGCGACGGGAUUCUCUCUGAAAGCUACCCCCUCCACACUUUGGACAAACAGGGAAAAUGGAAAGUUGUUGCGAAGUUUGAUGAUGUUGAAGAAAACACAUUCAGUGCGGAGUUUCAUGUAAAGAAAUAUGUUCUCCCGGCAUUCAACGUCACUUUAACGCCAAAGAAACCCUACUUCAGCCUACUUGAGAAAAAGUUGGAAGUAGAAGUCAGAGCCAGGUAUCUUUACGGUGAACAAGUGCGAGGUGUUGCAUAUGUGCAGUUUGGUAUUGACAUGAAUGGUCAGAAAAGGAGAAUCAUUUCUAUGAAGCAACUGAACGAUCUGAAUGGAGGAAAAGUUAGUUUGACUAUGGAGGAGAUAAAGAGGGUCUAUCCAAAUACAAACAGCCUACUGGGAAAUUCUGUGUACGUCAAAGCGUCAGUAAUGACCAGCUCAGGUAGUGACCUUGUGGAAGCAGAGAAAUCCGGCAUUAAAAUAGUGAUGUCACACUAUGUGCUCUCCAUCAGGGACACACCCAAGUAUUUCAAACCAGGCCUUCCGCUAGGCAUAGUGGUUACAGUGAGUAACCAAGAUGGAUCUCCAGCCCCCAAUAUCCCUGUUAAACUCAACUUCCUUCAAAAACCAAUUAAAACACACAGAGGCACUAUCAGGGUCUCCGUCAACAUGCCUGACGAAGAUGAGAAUCAAAUGUUGAAGGUAGAAACAGCACUUCCUGGUGUGAAUGCAGAAAAUCAGGCUGUACAGGAGAUGACUCUGGAGCCAUAUUUAGGUUUUGACGGCUACAGUAAGAACUACCUGCACAUCUCAGUGGGCGACAAUCAAGUGGCAGUGGGCAGCAGUCUUAACAUCAAAUUGACCAUCAAAACUGCCUCACCAGAGCACAGAAAGCUUGUGAAGCAGCUGACAUAUAUUGUUUUGAACAAAGGGAAAAUAAUAACAGCUUCUAUGGUAGAUGUAUGGCAGAAUGACACAAAUAUUCCAUUAGUAGUUACCACAGAGAUGUUACCUUCAUUCAGGCUGGUGGCGUACUAUAUGUUGCCAUGGCAACUACAUGCAGAAGUGGUGGCAGACUCAGUGUUUGUGGAUGUGGAGAACCAGUGUGUAGGCUCACUCAGUUUAGGACCAGUGGAGGGAGAAAAACUCAAUUCGUACUCACCAGGCAGAAGCUUUAAAUUUCAAGUGAAGGGUGACCCAGGAGCAAAGGUUAGCCUGGUGGCUGUGGAUAAUGCCAUCUUUCUGCUGAGUAAAAACCGCCUGACGCAGAGAAAGGUGUGGGAGGCGGUGGGUCAGGGAGACAUGGGCUGCACCGCAGGAGGAGGCCGGGAUAGUAUGGGUGUUUUCAGCGACGCGGGACUGGUGUUUUAUUCCAGCACAGGAGGAUCCACUGACUCUGGAUCAGAUCAUUGCUCCAAAAAAUCUAGGAGGAAAAGAUCUUUAAAGCAAAGAGCAACAAAAUUGGAGCAAAGAGAGAAGCUGGAGAAGGUCUAUUCUGACGAGUCCCUGCGGAGGUGUUGUGUGGAUGGCAUGAGGGAGAUUCCCAUGAACUAUUCAUGCUUGCAUCGCUCUCUCUCCAUCACCGAGGACCGGUGCUGCGUGUUAGCUUUCCGCCGUUGCUGUGUGGAGUACAGAGGGGAGGAGCUUGAUGACGUGACCGGGCUUCAGAUAGAAAAAAUAAAUAGUUGCUCUCAUCAGGGCCCAAAGGGAGAGCAGGUCUUAAGGGAGCCUCAGGUCCCAAUGGCCCCAGGGCCCAAGGAGGCCGAAGGGCUUAUGGGGGCCGCAUGGCAUAGGGGGUCCUCAGGUCCUGCAGAGCUUAUGGUUGUUUGGGACGAAACUGAAGGACCAGACAUGGAGGAGGAAGAAAAUGAUUUAGCUGAGGUGCGCACCAAGUUCUUUGAGUCGUGGCUGUGGACUGACAUCAGACUGCCCAGUGUAGCCCAGUUAGAUGGGCUGGCUGUAUUUCCAGUGGAAACCGUUCUUCCUGACAGUAUCACUCAGUGGGGGAUUCUAGCCAUCAGUGCCUCACCUGAAGCAGGUUUCUGUGUAGCUGAACCGUAUAACGUGAGUGCAUGGAAGCCGUUCUUCGUAGACCUGCGCUUGCCUCACUCAGUGUCCAGAAAUGAACGUGUGCAAAUCAAAGCUGUGGUCCACAACUACAUGGACGAAAACCUGAAGGCAAGUUUCCACGACUGUUCACCUUGUUCUAGCUUUAGAUCGCCCACUUAGGUGGAAAGGACCAUC